AACUGUGCUAACAAGGUGGCACUGUUGCUUAGCUACACUUGAUGAGCCCUUGGAAGGCUGGGCUCCAUGAGACAGUCGCUUAUGCAGCGAGGCGAGCGGUCGAGCUGGAUGCAAUAUAUUGGCUUCUUGGUGCUGCUGCUAAUGUCACAACCCUGCCUGUAGCCCGCACUGCCUCCACCCAUGUAUUUUUGUCGCCGCGUCCCCGCUCUCCCUCCCCCUUAAAUGGUGUGGGCAGGAGUGGUACGGAAGACUGCAUUGGGAAGCUUCGCGUGGAAAUGGUCUUUGCUGUUGAUAUUGCUCUAGCACCAUUCUGGUGACAACAACAUGCCGUUGAAAUGGAAAAGCGGUUCUCCUGUCAGCUGGAAAUUCCCAGUGCCAGUCCUUAAGACAUCCCGGUCCUCACCGCUUUCACCUGCCUACAUAUCCCUUGUGGAGGACGACGACACUCACAUGAAAGUGGCUCUGGGCUACGGUGAUAUGGGCAUCUGUGCUCACCUUCAGGCAUCAAAGACCGGAAACACACGUUUUUUCACAAGCAACACACACAGCUCAGUGGUUCUUCAGGGAUUUGACCAGUUGAGGAUAGAGGGACUGCUAUGUGAUGUCACUCUAGUGGCCGGUGAUGGCGAUGAAGCCUUCCCCGUACAUCGAGCAAUGAUGGCUUCAUCCUCCGACUAUUUCAAAGCUAUGUUCACAGGUGGAAUGAAAGAACAGGAUUUAAUGUGCAUCAAGCUCCACGGAGUUAACCGAAUAGGCCUGAAGAAGAUCAUUGACUUCAUCUACACAGCCAAGUUGUCACUUAACAUGGAGAAUCUGCAAGACACACUUGAGGCAGCCAGCUUCCUGCAAAUCCUUCCAGUGUUGGAUUUCUGCAAGGUCUUUCUUAUAUCUGGGGUUUCCCUAGACAACUGUGUCGAGGUGGGCCGCAUUGCCAACACAUAUAACCUCACAGAAGUGGACAAAUAUGUCAACAAUUUCAUACUGAAAAACUUCCCCUCACUUUUGGGCACUGGCGAGUUUGUCAAGCUGCCAUUUGAGCGCUUGGCAUUUGUGCUGUCCAGCAACAGCUUGAAACACUGCACUGAAUUGGACCUCUUCAAGGCCGCUUGCCGCUGGCUACGCUACGAAGAUAGUCGCAUGGACUACGCCUCGAAGCUCAUGAAGAACAUCCGCUUUCCCCUGAUGAACCCGCAGGAGCUCAUUAAUCACGUACAGACAGUGGACUUCAUGCGCACAGACAACACAUGUGUCAACCUUCUCCUGGAAGCUAGCAACUACCAAAUGAUGCCCUAUAUGCAACCCGUCAUGCAGUCAGAACGGACAGCCAUCCGCUCGGACAGUGCCCACCUGGUCACGCUGGGUGGCGUCCUGCGGCAGCAGCUCGUGGUGAGCAAGGAACUGCGCCUGUUUGACGAGAAGGCACAUGAAUGGAAAGCGCUGGCACCUAUGGACGCACCUCGCUACCAGCACGGCAUCGCAGUCAUUGGCAACUUUCUCUAUGUUGUGGGGGGCCAAAGCAACUAUGACACCAAAGGCAAGACAGCAGUGGACACGGUGUUCCGCUACGACCCUCGCUACAACAAGUGGAUGCAGGUGGCAUGCCUUAAUGAGAAGCGUACCUUCUUCCACCUCAGUGCACUCAAGGGACACCUCUAUGCUGUUGGUGGAAGGAAUGCGGCUGGGGAACUCGCUACUGUGGAGUGCUAUAACCCAAGGACGAAUGAAUGGACGUACGUUGCCAAAAUGAAUGAGCCACACUAUGGACAUGCUGGGACGGUGUAUGGCGGCUAUAUGUAUAUUUCAGGGGGCAUCACUCACGACACCUUUCAGAAGGAGCUGAUGUGCUUUGACCCAGAUACAGACAAAUGGACACAGAAGGCGCCCAUGACCACAGUGCGCGGCCUCCACUGCAUGUGCACGGUCGGCGACCGCCUCUACGUGAUUGGCGGGAACCACUUCCGGGGCACGAGCGACUACGACGAUGUGCUCAGCUGCGAGUACUACUCCCCGGCCCUUGACUUAUGGACUCCUAUCGCCGCCAUGUUGCGAGGCCAGAGUGACGUGGGCGUGGCCGUGUUUGAGAACAAGAUCUACGUGGUGGGCGGAUACUCAUGGAACAAUCGCUGCAUGGUGGAAAUAGUUCAGAAGUAUGACCCCGAGAAAGACGAGUGGCACAAAGUGUUUGAUUUGCCCGAGUCGCUUGGUGGGAUUCGAGCCUGCACACUUACAGUCUUCCCCCCUGAAGAUAUCUCAGGCUCGCCGUCCAGAGAGUCGCCUCUUUCAGCACCUUGAUGAGUGAUGGGGGGAGCCCUAUUUUGGUCACACCCCCGUAAGCCCAUAACUCCCCAACAAACACAUAUAGACAUUGUUUGCACUUCCUCUUCAGACUAAGUCUGUACUGCGUCCCUCUGUCCUACAUUUGUGGAGAAGCCCCUCAAGGUCCUCGAGUGGUGAAAACGACAUACCGUUACAGUAAUGGCAACCGAUUUCCACCUUGAUGUUGCACACUAAGUUUAUAUUGUGUUAGGAAGUACCUUGACUUGAAAGGGACUUUGCAAAUCAACUUUUCUACCUGAUUUCGCUGCAGAGGGUUACCAGGACAAGCUCAGGCCUCAGAUCAGGCCCGUCUAAAACAGCUCUCCUUCGGUUUUACUUCUUUCCUGCGAUUGCUACGAAACUGUUAACAAAGUGGUGUUUUCUAAAUUUAAUAAACAUGGUUUUCAAAGUAAGUAUUAAACGUUAAUGGUAUCAUUACUUUGAGGGUUUGCUCAGACAUUGAGAUUCUGUACUGUGAUUGAUUGGAAAGAUUCCCAGUGACAUCUUUCAGCUGCAGAUUGUUUAUUGCUGGUGGUUUCCGGUGUUACCUGGAAACUCUCGCUUCCUGCUGGCACAGUGACAGACGGCAGCGUCGCCCACAGUUUACCCACCUGCUCCCAGCCAAUUAAAUCCUUAAUCGCAACAUAUGGUGUUCGAGACAAGCACUUCACGCUGUUACCAGGAACAAAAGGUUUGUGUAAUUAUCAGGUGAGUUCGGUCCACAGCAUUAUAUCCUCAUUAUACUCUCAUUACAGCACAUUACUGUCCUGCCUCUGAUUCCCCUUGAUUUGGGGCCUGUUGUGCUCAGUAUUGUUUUCCAUAUUAUUAGCUACACCCGGACCACAGGUGUCGAACUCAGGGAUUAGGCCUGCUGCAUCACUUUGUGGCUCACUAAAAUAAAUAGUGUCUGUUUCAAGUUUUUUUGCUAAAUUCUUUUGCUCUUUUCAUUUUGGCAGAAAAUCUGUAGAAAAUUAGCAGUUUUAAUUUACUUUUAACAGAUAAAUUGUCUUUUUCCACGUAAUCAUUACCAUAAACAGAAUAGAUGUAUAAUUUGCGUGCCACAAUUUUUCAAGCAUAACACUUAACACUUUAAUUUGUUAACAAAUUGUAGACAAUUGUAUGUGUAAUAAUAUGAUGUCACUAUAAACCCCAAUUCCAGUGAAGUUGGAAUAUUGUCUAAAACGUAAAUCAAAACAGUAUACAGUAAUUUGCCAAUCCUUUUCACGCUAUAUUCAAUUGAAUACACUAAAAAGACACGAUGUUUAAUGUUCAAACUGUUAAACCUUUUUUGCAAAUAUUUACUCAUUUUGAGUUUGAUGCCUACAACCUUGAUCCUCGCCCCAUCCUUGCUUGUGAACAACAAUGCCGAGGCCCAUAUCAAAAACCGCCACUGCCCUCACUCCUAUCCUGCCUGCAUGUGUGUGGUCUGCUUCUCUGUGGGAAAGCAUACAGCAGUGUACAUUUUUUUCAUUGGGAUUAUAGUAAAUUGAAUAAAAUUCUAACCAUUGAAAUAAGGUGAUUUAGUCUGUCUUUUGGUCUGUCUCUAGUCAUGCGUGCACACUACUCAAAGAAAAUCUUUUCAUUUUAAACUAGCUGAACUAGAACAGUUCUCAGUCACAGUGUGCAGAGUUCCUCUGAAUCCCAAAGUUUGUGUAAGACAGUGUCAAUACUGCAUGAUGGCGUCUGUCUUUUAAUGAACAAUG